UCCAUGAUGAUAGUGAAUUGAGUGAUGGUCGAAGGGAUAGUGAUGAUACCGCACACUGUGAUUAUGUUUUAGUUAGCGACAAUAGCGGUGGAAUGACCUUGCGUAAUGUUAUAUUUUCGUUUACCUAAAUGUUAAUGUUCGGUAUCGAAGGAAUUAUGUCUGAAAUCUCGUGAAGAAUAAAUUGUUGUGCCUUAACAUUUCUUAAUGUUGUUAGUGAGCUGGACAAAGAAUGUGACAGUAGUUGGAAAUGCGGAAAGCAUUUGUUGAAAAGGUGACAUAUUUUCGGAUUGUUUUCAUUAAUAUUCAAAUGUGUUCAAAAUGACUGAAACGGGCUUGAAGCAAGUGAAGGUUGAUAACUGGGGAGUAUUUUUCCUGCAAAGGUUGCACCACUUUUUCAGCAAAAAUGAAUUCUGUGACCUUAUACUAUUAUUCAAGAAUGCAGAAAGGAUAAAGGUGCAUCGUGUUGUGCUUUAUGCAUGUACAGAGUACUUCCAACUUUUAGAGAAAGAGAAUCCUCCAGGCAGCCAUUUAUUACGAAUGCCAGAGGACAUGGAUCCAGAGGUCGUCGUUCCAAUUAUAAACUUCAUGUAUACCGGCCGCCUAGAGUUCAGAUAUGAGCUACACUCAAAGUUGUAUUCAGCAGCAAAAGUGAUGAGCAUGUCAGUACUGACAAAGCUUCUGGAUGCUCAGUAUAAUUCUGCAUCUGUUCAGGGGUCACUUAAACCUGCAACUGUCAAGAAACUUCAUGUGCCAUCUCAUACAUCCUGGAAUUUGCCUGUGAAGAAAGUUGUGAAGACAGGUGACUCACAGCUUCCAGAACCACUGCCAGGUCGAAAACUUCCCAUUUGGAAGAGGAGGAGUACUCUGCCAGUUAUAACUCCACACAUUGAAGACUCAACUCCUGUCAUUUUCUCAUCACCCCUUCUACUUGCAAAGAGUGGAGCAAAUGCCCGUCACGAAGAUGUCUCGGGUCCCAUGCGCUUUGAUUGGCCGGACGUGGAUUUGAAACCGCAGACUUACCAUCCUAGUUUUGAUGACAUCACGUAUGAAACAAAACCCCUUGUGAGGCCUGCAGAUACGCCGAAAACACCAGUGUCUCAGUCCUCUUCUCACUCCUUGACGAGUACACCAAUUGGUUCUUUGAACAAUGUGAAAAAAGAAGUGCAACAAACAGCUAGUUUUGAAGAGGUGCGAAGGACAGCAGUUGCUAUAAAGAGGCCAUCGUACGGUGAUAGCGCUGGCGCUUCACCAGAAAAGCAACCCAAAAUGGUAGAUUUGCAGGCAGUGAAGGAGUAUGUACAAGAACAUCAACUACGAAAGGAUCUCGUUGAAAUAGAAGAUGGUAGUGAAGAUGUAGACGACGACAUGGCGGUGGCGGAUUAUGACGAUGAUGAUGACGAUGCUGAUGCUGAAGUUGAAGGGGAAGGGAAUAGGGAUGACGGCCAUGCAAAUGCAAAAGAAAGUGGGAAUAGUGAAGAGAAUGUUGACCAGCAGCAGAAUCCUGAGAGCAUCACAAAGCCUCCGGUUCCUGUCCCACCACCACAGCCAGCCAAAUCUAUUCUUAAAACUCAGGCAUCACAUGAUGGUGCUGCACCCAGUAAUGCAAACUCACAAGUAAUAGCUUCUGUCCCAAAACGUGUUCGUUUUUCUCUGGGUGAUAAUACUGAGUCUUCGGAGGGCAAAGAAAAUGAAGCAAAAGUAGAUACAAAUGUUACUACUUCACCUCCUACCCGUGAGGCAGAUUCAGUUGCUUCCAAUCAGGAACCACCAGAAGAAAAUUUGGCAAAUCAUGCAAAAAUUAUUACAGAAGUUCUCAAAAAGUAUCCUCAUCUUGUGAAUAACAAGAAGAAUAUCAAGCUUAAAAUCCUGCGCAGGGGGCAAGAUGGCACUUCAUCAUGUAAGAAUGUUGUAGAUGGUAAAGGAGUAAAGUCAAAAGUGUCAUAUGUAGUUUUGAAGCCAGAUGCUAUCAGCAAGGGGAAACCAAUAACUGGGAGUGUUGCUCUCAAACAUGGAAACAAAGUGGAGCCUCUGUCAGAGCUUCCGAGUAGUGUGCUCGCUGCAGCAGGCAGCGGGGGAUCGGGCAGUACCUCUGCAGUGUCGGCGAAGAACUCACUGGUUGUGUCGAGGCCAGUGGCGUCGGGUGCUGAGAACACGACAGGGCCGUGGCUGUGCUAUUCGUGUGGAAAUGAUGGUGACCCUGUAAACUUCGAAACCUACUACCUGUAUCGCCGCCAUUUACAGGACAUUCAUAUGGAGAAAAUUGAUGCACGCAUUUGUGAACACUGUGGUCACCGUGCGAGCAAGCGGAACUUACUGCUGUACCACCUGUAUACAAGGCACAAUGUACCCCCACCACGCAAUUGCCAGUUUCCUCGUUGUGACCAGUGUGAAUAUGUGGCACUCUCGGAAAGCCUGCUGAUAAAACAUCGCAACAACCACACAAACAACCGUGAAUUUGUAUGCAAGGUAUGCAAUGCAACAUUCAAAAGUAACGGAGCAUUACAAGGUCACAUACAAGCUAAUUUGCAUUCGGAUCCAGCUAAGAAGAAUUAUGAAUGCCCCAUAUGUCACAAGCCAUUUGUGCGUAACAUCAAUCUGAAGGCACAUCUCCGCACUGCCCAUGGUGAUGUUGCGAGGAAAGCAGAUAAGGAGGAACCUGAACACGAGGUGCGGCCUGGACGUAAUGAGGUGACUGACAGCAACUGUAUGGUCACGGUGCAGCAAAGUAAAGCAGGGACAGUAGUAUUGGCUCCAGCAGUGACUGUUUUGGCUUCAGGCCCCGCAGGACCAGUUCAGACACUGGUGCCAUCAUCUGAAGCAGAAGCUUUGAGCAAUGUUGCCAGUGGAAUCGCUGCUUCUUUAGGACUUUCUACAGGUGCCCUUAACGGUGACCAGACAGUCAUUGUACUUGAUGACAAUCGAGAAUACAUUCUGGGAUCAGCAGGUGAUACAGAGGUUCAAGACUAUGUUGAAGAACAGAUGGUGCAUGCUGACACUCAGGAGUAUAUAGUGCCUGAAAUUAUGUCUGGGGAGGAAGUGCACCCAUAUGAAGGCACGGUUGUUACUACAGCUGGGGGCACCUCUUUCUCUACAAUAGUCCAGAGACCAACGUUAAAUCAAGCAAUUGUUCCACCACCAAUACAGGUUUCAGAGGGAGGUAACGCUGAGGGUAUCGGUGUUGUUAUAUCGGAUCACGAUUAUGCAAAUGAGGUUGCCUUAAGAGGCAUGACCGGUGAAGGUAUGAUGUUCAUAAUCACACAGCCUGGACCCAAUGGGAACACCAUUCUUCAGACAGGACAUAUUGCGACACCACAGCAACAUACUGAAGUGUAUACCCAUCAGCUAACACAGCACCUGCAACAUCAGUUUGUGCAGCAGCAACAGUUUCGAGAACAAAAGACACAAAAAUUGGACCAGCUAUGUUUGCAGCAGCAGCAGCAGCAACAACAACAACAACAACAACGACAACAACAGCCACAACGACAACAAACAGCACAGCAGCAGGUAACCCAAGAGAAGAUACUGCAAACAGUGCAGCAACAGAAACAAGAUCAGCAUAAACAUAUAGAACAGCAGUUGCCUUCUGCGCAACAGCUGCAAAAUAAAGACCAGCAGUUGCAGCCACAACACCAACCACACCUACCUCCAUUGCGGCAGCAACAGACCCCGCAUCAACAGCAGCAGCUGCAGCCCCAGCAGCAACCAUCUGAACUGCAAGUGCAAGUUCAAGCACAGCCACAACACCACCAGGAUGUACUGUGCCGGCAGCAAAGGCAGGAAGACCUGAAGCCUCAAGAACAGCAUCUGCAGCACCACCAGAACUGCCAAGUGGAAACUCUACAGCAUCAGCAGCAGUUGCUUCAAGAACAGUUGCUUCAAGAGCAAAGGCAAGAACAGUCAGUACAAAGGAAGCAGCCCUUGCAUGACAACACAGAAAUUCAUCAAGAACUGAUAAGUAGUGCCUAUUUAGUACAACAAAAUAAUAUUGGUCAAGAAAUUACUAAUAUAAUAGCAAGUGGCAGUGUACAGGCAAAGGUUGUUGAAGGAACCAGUGAAGGUAUUGUAGUGAGUCGAACAAAUACAAUAAUAUCACAAGAUGCUCGGUGUGUGAGACAUAAGCCACAAGAUACGGAUGGAGGAAUUAGACCUGUGACUGUCAGAGCAGAGCAGGCAUCUGUUGUGCAGUCUAUUAUGGACAAUGUUGGGAUUAGUCAGGGUGAGGCGGCAGGACAUUCGGUCAGUGAGAGAGUGAAAGUGGAAAGUGUAUCGCUAGAAGCAGAUAUCGCAACUACCGUAGCUCAGCAGGUGCCUGUAUUUGAUACUGCUUGUACAAGUAAUGCUAUGGUUCAGCCUGAGGGGCAAGGUUCUGAACAAGAACUUGUAAUGGCAGAAAUGCAAAACAUUGUUCCUGAUGGAGCUGGUGAUAGUUAUUCAGCUCACAGGCAUAUCCAAAUGCCUGAUGUAAGUGAGGCAAGAAGGAUGGCAUCAGAUCUCGUAAAGGACUGGGAUGAAUUUGAUGAGGAUUCAUGUGACUUUGUUGGAAGUCAGUUGGCUCAGAAAAACAAAGAUACAGAAAACAGUGACUCCUGUGUGUCAUGACCUCAUUACUUUGAAGGUGUAUUAAGAACUGUAGCUAAUCUGAGUGACUGUUACUAGCUUGUUACACAUAUUUAAAGACUGCAUUGAACUCUUUUAAAAUAAACUGUUGCACAUGUCUGCUUAAAUUUUACAAUUGUUUGUAUGCCAGCUUUAUGGAAUAUUUUUUUCUCAAAUUCUUUAGAAAUCUGUUUGUCUCCUUUAUAUAUGUCAUCUUCAGUUGAAUUACCAUUACAAAUUUUAAAUGAGAAUGCAAUACAUAUUUUAAUUGUGAGAUAUUUUGUACAUAGAUUUAUGUUAUGUAUGUGUGUAUAUCAUGUUAACUAUGUAAUCAGAAAAUAUAGAAGUGUUGAAAUGUG